CUGUUGCAACCAUCUCAUAUAAUGGUAUAUAUUAAAUUGUUCGAUAGACAUGACAAGUUCGAAUUUAUGUGGAAUCGUUUUCCUCUGAAGUCAAUGGAGCUGCCUUGUUAUAAAAACGGACACGUGCCGCAUCGUAAGUCUCCACAUUUAGAUACCGUUUUUAUUGACGUGACGUCAAUAAAAAAGUGUUUCCUUUUUAUAAACUUUUUACAGAGAGUGCAACGGAAAGAAGAGAAAAAGAAAAAUAUUUUAUUCAUACUUUAAAACCUUGCCUCAACAGACUGCUUUAAUUUAACUUUGUGUAUUGUGUAUAUACAGUACCCGCAACGUUAUUUUUUACAAUCCUAUCCUAUCGUAUCGUGCGCAAAUACUAUCCUAUCGUGUGUGUAUACUAUCCUAUCGUGCGUUAAUUCUAUCUUAUCGUGCGUCAAUCCUAUCAGGUUUAUCGUUUAACCUAUCAGUUUUUUCGUUUAUCCUAUCAUGUUUUCCGUUUGUCAGUAACCGUAUCGUGCGUUAAUCGUUCUUUCCGUGUAUCAGUAAUGUAUUCGGAAGUCCCUGGACUUAUGCUUCAUUGUACCGUAAAGUCCAGAGGUGUUCUUGUUAAGCUUUUCGUUUUGUCGAAAAAAUAAUUUUUAGGAAUCACUUGCAAGUAUGGCGGUGAAUACGAGAGGUCGGAGAAUGUCGGAAGGAAUUAAACUGAUGAUUGUGCGUUAUUUCCUUUUGGAGUUAUCGGUCGAAGUGAUUCGCAGACAAGGUUUGUACGCCUUCAAACGGCGAUGGCAAUCGGGGAAGGAACUCAGAAGAACGAGGAAGAUUUGUAACAGUGCCGUGAAGUUUAAGAAAAUUCAUUUAAAGUUUAUGGACAUGUGGCUGGCCAAAAAUAAUGAACUAACCACAGAGAUGUUGAAAAGGAAACUGUUCGAAAUUUUUGGAGUGAAUGUGUCGACCAGUCUAAUAAGAAAACGACGAUCGGAGUUAGGAUGGAAAACUGUGGUGUCGAAAACGUGUCAGCUGAUCAGCAAGAAAAACAAACUGGUGAGACAGAGUUGGUGCUUGGAUGCACUCAACAAUAAAGAGGAUUUUAGGAACGUCAUUUUUGUGGAUGAAAGUACAGUAGAAAUGUCAUCUUCUGGACGACUAUUCUUUCACCAGCCAGGAUCAAAAGUACAAAAACUAUGUGCACGCAGACCAAAUCCCAAGCAUGCAUACACGGUGCAUGUCUUGGCUGGAAUUUCGUAUCGGGGAAGAACAAGCAUUUGCAUAUUUAAUGGUGUAAUGGACUCCAUGGUGUACCAAGAUAUUCUGGACAAAAAUUUCAUUCCAUUUGUUGAGGAAAGAUUUCCAGACGGAUAUCGCUUGUAGCAGGACAAUGACAGCAAGCACAAGUCGAAGUCCACCAGGGAGUGGAUGGCUGAAAAGGGAAUACUUGACAACGUCAUGACAACUCCUGCCUCCUCUCCUGACCUCAACCCAAUAGAGAAUGUGUGGGCAUCCAUGAAAUACUACCUACAGACUGUCGCUAAGCCAAGAACCAAAGAUCAGCUGAUUCAAGGAAUCAAAGCAUUCUGGGAGACACUCUCAACACCUCAGUGUGUACGGUACAUAUACCAUAUCCAUAAAGUGAUACCGUAUGUUGUGCUAAAUCGUGGUGAAGCAUCAGGAUACUAACAUGUGUUAAGCAAGUUGACAUGCUGUUGAAUGAACACAAAAACUUUAGUGUGAUGGGUUCUUUUAUCAUGUAAUAACUAUUGCAACAAUAUAAAAUAUUUCUCAGAGUUUACCACUUUUAAAUAUCUGAUGAUUUCUGUUGGUAAUUGAUUUAUUAUUUCAAUUAAAUAUCCAACAAAGUGUUAAGUAAAUUCCUUCUAGUAAUCAAGAAAAGUAGCAAUAUGUACAGUUCAAUGUUUCUUAUCUACAUCACAACCAAUAUUCUUAUAUUUUUUUCAUUCUGACUCCACUCUGCUUAAAACAUCCUUAAGUCCAAUUUUUACCAAUGUCUUUGAAUGAUGCUGGAUGGUACCAUGUGCAUUUGAUUUUAUGUUAAUA